AGUCCAAAUAAUUAUGACGUCUAGGAAGGCUAUUUUAAUUUUUUGCUUUGACGCCUUCCUGCGACAAUGUGGGAUCAAAAAAAGUCAAAAUCGAAAAAUACCCACAGCAAUCGGCAUGAUUAUCUGGACUAUACUUCUAUAUAACAAUAAGUAAGAUUGGCAAUGAGAAAACGAAUAAAUUUCCUGUAAUUACAGCCAAACUUAAAGCCAAAUCUUUCAAUCUAUGAAACAAAGGUUUCAUGUAAUUUGUGGUAACAAAAUCCCUGACUUAUACAAUAAUUUUCUAGUGAUACACAAAUUACGUACAUUAAUUGAAAUCAACAAUUAACGUUACUACCGACAGCACAGCUGAUUGUUUACAUUACACAUGUAUAUGUGCUCGGCAUGUGUGUAGAUAUUGGAAUAUUUAAUUAUAAAUUGCAAAUAUUGGCAACAUUUCUAGAAAUGGAAUGUGUCAUUUUAUUGACAGUUAUGUUAUUUUCAAUUACCAAAGUGAUUCCUCAAGACAAUUUGAAGAAACCAAUCUUUAAUGCUAUGACUCCGCAUUUUUGGGUAAAACAUAUUAAUGAAACUAUACUGGAGAAUAGAGAUGGAUCAUUUAUGUAUGGAGGACAUUCGUGUCAUAUUAGAAAUUUCCACUACUUAUUCAGACACGGUGCCAGAUAUCCAUCUCUACUAUGGAUACAGAAAAUGGAUAACAUCUCCACAGUUCUAAGAGAGGAUACAUUAGUUGUUAAACAAAAUCCCUUUAUAGGGAACUGGAGAACCCCAUUUCCAAAAAGCAAACAGUAUCAACAGUCUGCCGUUGGAGAUGAAGAAAUGCUUCAACUCGGGGAGAGAUUCGGCAAACGAUUUAGAAACAAUGUACGUAAAAAUGCUGGGAAGUUUAUGUUUGAAACGACGUCGAAAGCUAGGACAAAGCAAAGCAAAAGCAAGUUUUGUCUGGGUUUGGAGAAUGUAAUCGGUAAAAAUUCAAUAACAACAUCUACUGACGAUAGAUUACUGAGGUAUUACGACUAUUGUGGUAAAUACAUAAGAGAUGUUGACCAAAACAAAGAAACUUUAACUGAAUUUUACAAAUUCUUAAAUGGAAAUGAAAUGACAUCUGUUGUCAAUAAAGUGAGACAGAAAAUUGGAGCUUCUGACAUUGAACCAGUGGAUGUUGUUACCAUACAACAAAUAUGUGCGUUUGAACUUGGUAUGUUAAACAAAUCAAAUUGGUGCCAAUUCUUUGACAUGGAAGAUCUGCUGAUCAUUGACUAUCUAAUUGAUAUUCGUAACUACUGGGAGAUGGGAUACGGCUUCACAAUUAAUUGGCAGACAUCUUGUCCAUAUACUUCACGGCUGUUUAAAAUGUUCAGAAAUGUUGUGGAUGGAAAACGACAUAAUGAGACAUACCCAGAACCUUUUGUAAUACAGUUUGGACAUACUGAUACUAUUAUUCCACUGUAUACGGCUUUUGGGUUGUUCAACGACUCACAGAAAUUUUUAGCUGACAAUUACCAAAUGAACAAGAACAGAACAUUUAGAACAAGUUUGAUUGGUCCAUUUUCAGCCAAUCUUGGGUUUGGAUUAUACAAAUGUGACACAUCCAUGGACUACCUUAUUAGAUUAUUUGUAAACGAGGAACCAGUAGUUAUUCCGGCAUGUGGACAAAGAAGUUGUCUGUUUUCAGAAUUUGAAACAUAUUACAAGGAUCUUGCGAACUGCGAUGUUGAGCAGAUAUGUAAAAUUAAUACCAGCAUGUCCAGUAACAGUUUCAUUUUGAGUUCAGACUAUAUGCUGGUAUUGCUAUUGACUUACCUGUCUUGCAUAAGGAUACUGUUAAAAUGAUAUUUCUGGUUAUCAUUUAUUUCACACAAAAAAAAUUCAAGUAAUGAUUAAUAUUUCUAAUUAAAAGACGACCUCUAACAUACGGUCCCAGACAUACAACCUUGACAUGUGUCAUAAUGAAUUCAGUACUAUAUACAUUUAUUUCCCGUGUCGGAGGGAGAUAUGAAGAUUUGUUCACCCAAGAAUAUUCAUAUUUCACGAGGGCUCUGCCCGAGGGAAUUAUGAUUUUUCGAGGGUGAGCAAAUCUUCAUAUCUCCCGAGGCAAAGGGAAAUGAAUGUUUUAUUCCACUGCCUAUGCUUUGUUUACUAUCAAUACAUUAAAUAUUAUUUUGCAUACAUUUUUUUUUCUUAUCCGCUUGUUUUUGCAUACCCAUUGAUAAACAGUAAGGAUCAAAAUUUAAUUAGAAGUCUUUUUGUUUUAUCGUCUGAAAUAAAUUUGAACAUGAUAAUGAUUUUUGCUAUCGCUAUUUUAAGAAGAAUAAGAAGUUCAAAACGUUAUGUACAUUAACCGCGCGUAACGUCGUGCGCACGAAGUAAUCCCGACAUUUCAGAGGGGAAUAUGAUCCUCAGAAUGGAAUAUGAAGAUUUGUUCAAUGACACGUGGGAUAGUCUCAACCAAUCAAAUAUUGAUUAAACUAUCAAUAUAUUUAAACAGUGGAAUAAACUUGUUUGUUCAAUA